AUGAAGAAGGUGUCGAGAAAGGUAGGGAAGUAUGAGGUUGGGCGAACCAUCGGCGAAGGAACAUUCGCCAAGGUUAAGUUUGCCAGGAACAUCGAAACCGGUGAAAGUGUGGCCAUGAAGAUUUUGGCCAAAAGCACCAUUCUCAAGCACAGAAUGGUUGAUCAGAUUAAAAGAGAGAUAUCCAUAAUGAAGAUUGUCAGGCAUCCUAAUAUAGUACGGUUGCAUGAGGUUUUGGCGGGCCGGACGAAAAUAUUUAUAAUUCUCGAGUUUGUAACUGGAGGAGAAUUGUUUGAUAAAAUUGUUCACCAAGGAAAGCUUCCUGAAUAUGAAUCAAGGAAAUACUUUCAACAGCUCAUAGAUGCAGUUGCCCAUUGUCAUAGUAAGGGUGUGUUCCACAGAGACCUGAAGCCCGAGAAUCUUCUCGUUGAUUCUUAUGGAAAUUUGAAGGUUUCUGAUUUUGGACUAAGUGCAUUGCCUGAACAAGGAGUUGGUCUUCUUCACACUACGUGUGGAACCCCAAACUAUGUUGCGCCUGAGGUGCUGGGGGACCAAGGUUAUGAUGGCGCAGCUGCUGAUGUUUGGUCAUGUGGGGUCAUCCUAUAUGUUCUAAUGGCUGGAUAUCUCCCAUUUGAUGAGACAAACCUUCCUACCCUAUAUAGAAAGAUUAAUGCAGCAGAGUUUUCCUGUCCAUAUUGGUUUUCUCCUGAGGCAAAUUCUCUGAUACAUAAGAUACUUGAUCCUAAUCCUAAAACUCGCAUUCAGAUUGGAGGAAUCAGAAAGGAUCCUUGGUUUAGGAAAAAUUAUGUGCCUUUCAAAAAUGGGGAAGAUGAGGAAGUGAGUUUGGAUGAUGUUCAUGCAGUGUUUGAAGAUAUUGAGGACCAAUAUGUAGCAGAGAGAUCAGAAAGUAAGGAUGGCGGUCCAUUAUUAAUGAACGCAUUUGAGAUGAUUACCCUAUCCCAAGGGCUAAAUUUAUCAGCAUUGUUUGACAGGAGACAGGAUUACAUAAACCGGCAAACUCGAUUUGUUUCCCGAAAACCAGCUAAAGUUAUAAUUUCAAAUGUAGAAGCUGUUGCAGAAUCAAUGAGUCUGAAGGUCCAUACACGUAAUUACAAGACAAGACUAGAAGGAAUAUCUUCAAAUAAGGCCGGACAAUUUGCAGUUGUCCUCGAGGUUUAUGAAGUUGCACCAUCCCUUUUCAUGGUGGAUGUUCGAAAGGCUGCAGGAGAUACUCUUGAAUAUCAUAAGUUUUACAAAAAUUUCUGUGCCAAAUUAGAAGACAUUAUUUGGAAACCAAAGGAGGGUAUGGCUAGUUCCAAUCUGCUUCAAACAAUGACUUGCUGA